AUUUUUGUUCCCUACAAGUCAGGUAAAAACCAAUUCUAUUUAUGAGUAGCCUGCCUGAGAUCACGUUUUAGACUUCACCAUGCCAGACUGGAGGAAAUUCGGAACUAUUUCAUUGAUGACCAUUAGUAUUUGUUUGUUUUUACUUGGAAUCAUCUCUUUGGUACUUGGGAUAUUAUUAUUUGGCGGAACCCUAGCAAGUCGUGAAAUAAGACCAGUCAUUAACAGCAUCAGCGCUGGUUCAGACAGACUCGGAGACCAAAUCAGUAUCCUUCCAAUCUUACUUAUUGUCAUUGGAGUGGUUACGUUCCCAGGAGCUGUUUUGGGUAUACUGACAGCAAUCAGAGUAAAGAGGAGGAAAGUUUUCUUAAUUUUGUUGUCUGUUGUGAGUUUCCUUGUUUGUGUCGGUACCAUAAUCAUUCUUGUUGUGUUUAUCCCUAAAAUUCAGAUCAAGGAAAUGAACAAGGAUCAAAUGCUUAAGAGUCUACAAGACAACUUUACUGAUGUGUCAAUCAACAGCGCAAAUGAACUUUCAAAUUCCUGGAAUAAGAUGUUUUUGAACAUGAAACUAGAUUGUUGUGGAGUUGAUCCUAUAAGCGGUACCUCUAAUGACUUUGAUAAAACGCCUUGGUGUACAACUAAAGGUGAUUGCCAGGAAACAAACGCAGAAAUUCCAAAGACCUGCUGUCUCAAAGUCACAGAAAGAACGUACUCUAUGGCCCCUGGCGAAUGUUAUUCACAAGUUUUGAGAGGAACGUAUAAAACAAAGGGAUGUUUCCAUGCCAUAGUCGUUCAGCUCGGUGCCUACUCUACACAUAUCCUCGCUGUAGUAAUACCAAUUUCAAUUCUAGAGAUGCUUUGUGGUAUCCUGUCUGUCGUGUUACGUUUGAAAAAGCACUUCCUGACUCCAAAAGGCGCCAGUUUUAAAGAAAUCUGCUGUUCAAGCUUUAAAUGUAAACACAAGGACAUUCAGGAUAAGGCAGAUGAGACAAGAGAAGAGAAAGUGCCACUUAACUAGGAAAAGGGCUUAUAUUUCAGUCAAUGUCUGUGUUGCUUUACAUGUCGCUUUACAUGUCGAUCUGUUUGUAUAUGAGAUAAGGAGUAGAAGAGGACUCUGUACUCCGCACCCUUUUUGC